CACGUUGAAGGAAGUGUAAGGGAGUGGGGGUAGGUGCUGUGGUGCUGUGGUCAACGCCCAGAGUCAAACCGGUCGAUAUCCGACCACACAAGCCAAUCAACAUCCCUAGACCCCAUCCCCCAGCUGCAAACCACUCAUCAACAGCCCAUUCACCAAACCCAAAACACGACACGCACAGCAUAGCCACGCAAGGCAUGCCGUGCAAAGACGACCCGCCGGCCGGUACGACCAAAAAGACCUUACAGCCGCCGUCCGCUCCAAUGCCAGCGGUGUCGAACCCUCGAUCGACCGUGGGUAGGAAAGAGGACGCCGGGACGGUUAAACGAAAACGCAGGAUUUCGGACACGAGGGUGGCUGGACCUCUCGCCACGCCUGAGAAGCGCGUAGCCUCGCGUGCCUCACAAGCAACUGAUGUCGCGGCAGCCAGUGAAACCAUGGAAGACAGACAAAUCGAAAGAGAUGAGGAGACCCAAGAAGCGGAGGAAGGAAAUGAGAGCGAGUCGGGACCGCCGAGGAAGAGGGUGGCUGUGCAUUUGGGAAGUAAAGGGGACGAGGAGGACGAUGAUGGUGGUAGGGGGAAGUUUGUGAAGCGGGCAAGGGACGUCGACGAGGAUGCUGAUGAUGGGGGUUAUGGGAAGUUUGUGCGGAAGAGGAAGAGGGAGAAGUCGGUUUUGGCUGGGGUUGAAGGGGUUGAAGGCGAUUUGGUGGAGGUUCAAGGUGAUGUGUCCGUCUCAUUUCAUGUCCUGGCCUUGGUCGUCUCCAUCACUUCCAUGAAUACUGAAGUCCGACGAUCUCAUAUCCCCCCCUGACUUUUCUUCCCCACACAGACAAAAAGCCCACCCUCCUCACCCACCUCUUCCCGCGGCCCUCGCACACCCGCACUUCAAUCAUCCCGCAGCUGCAACGCCACAACGCUCGUAUUCGCCGUCAUCACUCCUCCAUCAUCCGACAGCGCAAGGCCUCGUUGCCUUCAAUUGUCCCGAGAAAGAAAUUGAGGUGCGAUGCGGGGACCUCGGCGUGGAUUGUGGGGGAUGUGGGUGAGGAUAUAGAGACGCCGGUGGAACGUCCGCCUUCUCCUGAACCAUCGAGCGAUACAUCGGACGGCGCUGGAGUUGAGGUAUC